AUGCACCCAACAAGUACAACAUAUAGAGUACAUCAGUGUUCUAAGUGUCCGGGGGACACAGAAUACUAUUGUAUAUCGUGUCCAUGUGAUCUGUGCCAGAAGUGUAAAGAGAACCAUGUAAAAGAUCUUAAAACAAUAGACCAUGAUGUUGUCACACACCGUGAUAAAAUCAACUACAUCCCAACACAAGAGUAUUGUGUGAGACAUCCUAGCAAAGUUUAUAGAAAGUACUGUGAACCUUGUCAAGUUUCUGCCUGCAAUAAUUGCCAAAAACAUAGAAAACACAAGAAGAUACAUAUUAGAAAAGCUUAUAAAACAAAGCGUCAACAACACAGAGAAACCAUUCACGCCAUCAGAAAUGAGGCUCUUUUUUACAGACCUGUUCUCCUGACAGGAAUCAAAGCUGAUAUCAAAACCUGUCACACAGAAUUCUCCCUCUAUCAAUCAGAGAUGUUAACAAAGGCCCACAUCCUGAGGAACAUCAUUGAUGAUGUACUAUAUGAUCUAUUGAACAAUGUGUUUUGUGACUUUAAUUUCAAACACAGAUGUUUAAAACAGAAAAUAGAAAUAAACAGACAUAUUGUCAGCCUACAGGGAUAUGAACACAGAUAUGUACAGCCAGACUUUACAUUCAGCGCACUACAAUUCCUCUUAUUUAUAAAGACAGCCAUCCCCAAGAUCUAUUUUAAACUCCACACCAGCCAGCUCUCCAUGACUGAGUCACUCAACAAGGAGGAUGUGAUGGAAUCACUUAUAGCAAUCCAAAUUACAGAGAGAGGAAACCGACGCGUAGGAAACCAGUGUCUGCUGAAACUGACGUCUGGUGCUGAAUUCCAUCAAUCUCUCACAGUGACAGGUAUUGAUGGUGGUUGUUAUCACAUUUCCUGUGUGACACCAGACCGGGUCUGGGUCAGUGAUUAUACAAACAAUCUCAUCUUGACAAACACAACAGGUGUCCCUCUACAUCAUGUUGAAGAUUCACAUAGUUUUUCUGUUGGUUAUGGAAUAUACACAGUGAGCAGUGAGAGUGAACUGAUUUAUAUAGAUAGGAAUUAUAACAUCAACAAACUGUCAAAGGAUAUGAAAACAACCACCAAAUUUAUAGAGAGAAAAGACUCUACGUUGGAACCACGUUGUGUGUACUGGUCCCCGUCAUCUGGGGAUUUACUGGUUGCGAUGUAUAAAUAUAGGACAGGCAAGGUAAUCCGAUACAACCAGAGCGGACAACUGAAACAAACCAUACCACAAGACAACACGGGACGACCUAAUUGUAUAACAGAGAACAACAAUGGGAAUGUCGUAGUUUCUGACUUUCGUGCUGUAGUGGUGACAGAUCGUGGAGGUAGACAUCGUUUCUCCUACACAGGACAUCCAUCAGGAUCAGUACUACGGCCAUGUGGAAUCUGUACUGACGCGCUGUCACACAUCAUGGUGUGUGAUGAUGAAACCAACACAGUACAAAUGUUGGACAAGGACGGUCAGUUCCUGUCACAUCUACUGAUAAGACCAUCAGGGAUAUUCUUCCCACGGGGCCUAAGUUAUGAUAUCAAGACUCACCGUCUCUGGGUCGGAUCACGGUACAACAACACGGUGGUUAUAUACAGGUAUAUCACCAGGCAGGACGCUCUAAGAGAUCUGAAUCCAGCUACUGCUGAUGUGAUGGAGUCACUGAAUAAAAUCCCAACCACAGAGAGAGAAAACCAGUGUGUGCUAAAAAUGAUGUCUCCCCCCGAGUUGCUUUACUCUCUCACAGUGACAGGUGUUGAUGGUUGUUAUCACAUUUCAUGUGUGACACCAGACCGAGUCUGGGUCAGUGAUUAUACAAAAAAUCUCAUCUUGAUAAACAAAUCAGGUGACCUUCUACAUCGUGUGGAGGAUUCAUGUGGUGAUUUAAAUGGAGGAAGACACACAGUGAACAGUGAGAGUGAACUAAUUUAUAUAGAUAGCAAUUAUAACAUCAAGAAAUUGUCAGAGGAUAUGAAAACGACCACCACAUUUAUUGAGAGAACAGACUACAGAUGGAGACCACGGUGUGUGUACUGGUCCCCGACCACUGGGGAUCUAUUGGUCGGGAUAUAUAACUCUUGGACAGGCAAGGUAUCCCGGUACAACCAGAGCGGACAACUGACCCAAACCAUACCACACGACAACACAGGACUGGAACUGUAUAUUGAACCUAACUAUAUAAAAGAGAACAACAACGGGGAUGUUGUGGUGUCUGACACAUACAGAGCUGUAGUAGUGACAGAGCGUGGAGGAAGACAUCGUUUCAAUUACACAGGACAUCCAUCGGGAUCAGAACUAUGGCCACGUGGAAUCUGUACUGACGCGCUGUCGCACAUCUUGGUUUGUGAUGAUAAAACCAAAACAGUACAUAUGAUAAACAAAGACGGUCAGUUUUUGUCACAUCUACUGACAAAAUCACAAAAGAUGGGUGAACCACGCGGCCUGAGUUAUGAUGUCAAAACGCACGGUGUCUGGGUUGGAUCAGAGGACAAGAAUACGGUGGAUAUAUACAGGUUUAUCAACAGACAGGACGCUGUGACAGGUAAGUCUGAGUCAUGA